AGUACUUGCCGAGCCAAUGAACAUAUUAAUUAUGUGAGAUUUGGAUCUGGACCAUCGCCAGUGACGGAGAAAUUGCUGGCGCUGCCUGAGAAAACGUAUGGGACAUGCCGGUUCUGCUGAGUCGCCUCAAAGCAGCAACCAGGAAGGCCGACGAGGCCUGAGCUGGCAGGUACCCCGGAUCUUCAUCUGCGGCGCUGCGCCAGAGGACUUGGUCCCCUGGACACCUGCAGAUCAGUGGAAGCGCUCGCUUGGAAAGAACCAGGCGCACAUAUCCAAAUCUAGAGGUGGAUUGGUUGGUUUGGUGAACAUGGGCAACACCUGCUUCAUGAAUGCAGGGCUACAAUGCCUGAGUCAUAUCGAACCCAUCAGCGCCUACUUUCUCACUGGCAAGUAUGCCGAGGAGCUCAACCCCAGCAACCCUUUCGGGACUGGAGGGCAUUUGGCCAAAGGAUUCGCCAAGCUGCAGGAGAUGCUCUGGCAACGGCGCACUCGCACCCACUCACCUUCACAGCUCCACAAUACUCUCUCCAAGUUUGCCCGGCAUUUGUUCCGAGACUCAGAUCAGCAAGACGCGCAGGAGCUUCUCGCCUACCUUCUGGAUGGCCUGCAUGAAGACCUGAACUUGGUCAAGGUGGAACGCAAGGACAACAAGAGGAGGGAGUCGGAACCCAAAGUGGAUUCAGACGAGGAAGACGAGAGGAUGGCCCAGUUGGAGCGUGAGAAGGGGGAGGAGUAUGUCGCCGCACUGACCUGGAUGAAGCACCUCAUGCGGCACAAGUCUGUUCUCGUGGACCUCUUCCAGGGUCAGCUGAGAUCCCGUCUCACCUGCUGCAUUUGCGGCCACCAGUCCAAGACUUUCGAUCCGUAUUUGUACAUUGCGCUCCCUGUGCACUACGGCAUGAACAGCCUUGAGGAUGCUUUGAUGCAUUUCUUGAAGGAGGAGAAGUUGACUGGGGAUGAGAGAUGGAGGUGCCCCAAGUGCAAGCGAAGGGUGGAUGCAAUCAAGAAGAUCGAUCUAUGGAAGCUCCCACCAGUCUUGGUCCUUCACUUGAAGAGAUUUGAGUUCGACAGCUCGACGUGCCGCUUCCGAAAGAUCAACGUUCGGCUGAGGACUCCAUUGAGUGUGGACCUGUCCAACUUCGUUAGCUCUCAACAGAAGGGGUCCUUGACAUACGAUAUCAUCUCAGUAGCGAAUCACAUAGGGCACGCUGGACGUGGCCACUAUACUGCCAUUUGCAGGCAUCACCUGCACAAUCGUUUCUACCACUUUAAUGAUACCGAUGUCCACGAGGUUCGGGCGGACGACAAUGAGGUCAUCACAAGAGAGGCUUACUUGUUAUUCCUGAUGCGACGGGAUAUCUCCGAUUGGGAAGCUCAGUCUGUAUCUCGCCCAGAGGCGUGGCCACACUUCGUCUCAAGACAGAACUCGGCCAUGAUGCCAGCGAUCUGGGAAGCCAUUGGCAAGAAGCCUCCGCAACCACAAGGUGCUGCCGAGGCCACAGUGCCUCUGCCAGACCAGCUCCAUGAGGAAUCAGAACUGCCAGGGCGGCACAGCAGUGCUAUGAGAAGUUGAGCCUUCUCACCGGGCAGCUUCUGGGCCCCAGAUCCGAGCGGCCUUAGGCCCGGCAAGAGAAAUGCCGUUGGUGCACUCUGGUUACGGGGAGCCACCUGCCCCGAUCGGAUCCUUUGGGCACCCGGAGUCCAAGUACCUUGUGAGGAUGGGCAUAGGAAGUUUUGGAUUGCCAGUGGUUUA